UGUGCGCGCAGGCGUGCGUCAUGUCCCCACUCCGCAGCCGCGCGUGACGGCGUUAGCCUCGCGGAAUCUCCGGCGGCGGCCGGGAAUGGAGGCCUGCGCCGCUCUCACAGCUGCCGAGGACCUAGUGGGCGACCAGAUAGUCCCGGGCGGCAGUCGCUGGGGCGCUCCGCACGCCGCCGGCCUCGUCGACUGCUGGUUUCAGAUGCAGACAUCUGAGCUAGAGUCGCUGCUCUGCAAGCAAGAGGGCGCCCCACUCGCGCCCACCCACAUGGAUCUGUUCGACGGCGGCCCCUCGUCGCGUGACGAUGCGUUCCUCCGGCCCGCGCUGUGGGAGGACAUCGCCUCCUCGAUCAGGAACAUCGACCCUGAGAAUGCAAACAUGCUGGCCCCGUUGGGGGCGACGCACGUCAAGCUGGAGGCGGAGGAGGCGCUGCUGGAGGAGUGCGCCACGCCGCUACUCAGCCCGCUGGAGAUCAAGACGGAGCGGCUGGGGGCGCCGCCGACGUACGCGCAGCCGCAGCCCCCCCACCACCCGCACCACCAGCCCGCGCCCACCUUCGCCAAGUACCCCCCCUCGCGACUUGUCUACAUGUCUCCUCUGACGCCGCCGGGCUCCGACCAGGGCAGCCCAGGCAACUCCAUGCAGCCACCGCCUCCGGCGCCGGCGCCGCACCUGCACUCGCGGCUGGCGCCCUCUCAAGUCAAGUACAAUCGGCGGAAUAACCCCGAACUGGAGAAGCGGAGAGUACAUCACUGUGACUUUAUAGGUUGCUCUAAGGUAUAUACGAAAAGCUCCCAUUUGAAGGCACACCAACGGAUACACACAGGCGAAAAGCCGUACACUUGUCAAUGGCCGGAGUGCGAGUGGCGGUUCGCGCGGUCUGACGAGCUGACGCGCCACUACCGCAAGCACACUGGGGCGAAGCCCUUCAAGUGCGCGGUGUGCGAGCGGUCCUUCGCCCGCUCCGACCACCUCGCGCUCCACAUGAAGCGGCACCUGCCUAAGACGUCCAAAUGACACGCAAGAAGGGGCGGGGACCAACCGCCCGUGCAACACACCGCCCAGGAGGAGUGCAGUGACAGCAUCUUUCUGGAGUGUGACCUGGACUCGAACUUGAUGGACACAUUCUAUGGCGUGCUGUGACCGGCCUCGCCCUGCGUCCCGCGCCCGCGCCCGCGCCCACUCGUGAGGGCAAGUACCGAGGACAAUCUCCUAGCGAAUCAACUAUCAAACUCACGGCGCAGGCCAUCAGCUCAUCAUCAGCUCUCAAUCGUGUAUAAGUGAUGAUAGUGCCUGUGCAAACCAGUUAACCGUAACUUAAAUUUUAAUCGUUGUUAAAAGGCACAAAUAGGUACAACAUUGAACAGCAUUACCAAGGAAAUCGCUUUACGUACUACCUACAUAAUAAUUAAUGUAAAUGGUGAUUAGAACAGAAUCAGCUCUUGCAACCCAAAACAAGCGUAUUUUAUGAAUGUUUAUGUAAUUUAAAAAUGACAAAUAUUUUUAAAAGGAUCGUAGGGCUUGGCGACACCUAUGCUAACAAUGAUUAUACAAAUGUCGAUACAUACAUAUAAACACUAUAAAUUGUUACCAAGUAGGUAUUGUAUUUAAGCUCACACUUUCUUCAGUCCAUAUACAUUUAUGUAAACCCACUUUGAGAGAUAUUUACUGUUGCGAGGAUUGAACAAGUAAAUAAACAUGUUGUUUACGGCUGACUUUUCACAGAUUAAGCAAUAUAUUUCGUUAAAGUUGCAGCACCUCGUUAUACGACUGAGUAAACUAGUAGGUAGGUGAAACUACCCAUAAACGAGAAUUAUAGAUACUGUCGUAUUGCAUCUACUAAGGAUGCAAGAAAAGCCUUGUAAUCAAUCGAAUAAAAUAAAUUUAGAACUCAGUCGGUCAAUGAAUAAACCGAAGUUAAAUUUAUGCAUUGACCAUUAAUACAUACUUGACUUACCGUACAAUAUAUUAACAUGAUAUAAAUAUGUACGCCCUGUAUCUAUCGUCUGUGUGCUCUAGUUAGCAAUUAUCAAUUCGUUGCUCGUCUGUAUUCACGGCGUGGUCCCUCCUGUCCUGACCUCGACCACGACACAUACCACGCCGCCAUACUCACCACUAUACUGUCCACUAUAACCAACGAUUUUAAGAAAAAUUGCUCACCGCAGCAUUGGUGUCGCUAUGCCACCCCGGGCCGCAAAAGCUCUAAGUAUUCAUUAGAUAUGAUUAGUUAAUUUAUUGUAAGUUAAUUAUUAAGAGAGCAAGGAAUAUCCAAGAUAUUGGUAGUUAUCUUAAAUAAUAAUAAUAUUAUUAUAAAAAUAAAUAUCAAAUAGUCGAUAGUUGUUAGUUUAACGUUCAGGAGCGCACUCGGAUAGGACGACCUGAGUUCUGAUUUAGUAUGAUAACUCUCAGGUGAUGCAUGCCACCGUGGGAGACUACUUACAUGGCAGUCUCCAUCAUCUAUAUACGUACGUGUACAGUAUUAAAUUCAGGUCGUUUGAUUCGAAUACGCAAAAUUUACACUUUCUAGUCUCGAUUUUAUUACACAUUUUUUAUGAACGCAAAAAGUACAUUUUAGCCAUGUCUGUCAUAAUUAACAGAAGCUGUUGACAAGUAUCUCACUACCGUUCAGUAUGAAUUUAUUUUAUCAUCCAGGUUAAUCCUAAUAUGCACCAUUCUAAUACUUUUAAAAUCUACCUAAAAGCUUAAUUAGUGUUAACUGUACUCUUACGAAAUGCUUGAAUAUAACCUUAUUCCCUCCGUCCAAUCAAAUAUUAAUAACGAGAAGAGAAGAGGUCUGGUCCAGUGCCUUAGUGAACCACGUAUUGGAACCUACGUAGUAAAUAAAUAGAUAUUUACUUGACCAUUUUUAGGUUUAUAAUAUACGAGUACUUACAUAAAUUGCCAUCAUACAUAGUCACUAGUAAUUUGUACUAAUUUGUAAGUCUUGCCUGCUUUCAUUAGACUUUUGUUUUUUUAAUAUUUAUAGUCAGUGUUUUAAAAUACUGCCUACUUAACGUGUAAUAUUCUGUGCUUUAAAUAAUAUGAGUAAAAUAAAUAGAAGCUUUCCAAUGACGAGCUUCGAGAAGCAGAUGUGAGUGGCCCCCGGCUUCAAGUCGCAACUAAAUCAUUUCAUCGGUUACUAACCAAUAUAGGUACAUAGUAUUCCUGUCACAAAGUUAUGUAUACUUAGUAUGAAACCAAACAAGAAUUCCUUGUAUCGCCAGGGGCACAUAUCAAUAUUAAAAUAUUUUCCUUACAUAUCAUUUAAUUGUAAAUUAUUUAUUCAAUAACAUAGCUGAUAAAUAAAAAUUGGAAUUUUUCAUCAUUGGGUGGAUAUAGGAUAAGUUUUAUACACAGGGGUAUAUUAUAAACUUAUUCUAGAGAUUUUUUCUCUAGGCACAUCAUACAUGUAUUACUGCGGAUACGUCUUAUUUGGUACACUAACGACGACACUUGCCAAGCAUAUUACUUUGCUCAUGAAACACUCGAAUCGGAACAAACCUUGUAUUGCGUUUGUAUAUUGGGCCGUCAUACAAUCUUGCCACUCCCCUUGCAUUUAGUUUCUUAAUAAAUGUACUUUAUGUAGAUAAGCCAAAAGGUAAAUGAAUGCUAGAAGAAAACUUGUAUUAUGAUAUGUCUAUUAUGAGUUGAUGAUAAGUGUAGCCUUGUAGGGCGCACUAUCGUAAACGCUCUAUGUCUUCGAAAGUAUUCAACUAGGUGUUGAAUGUGCCUUCGGAAACUGAACUUAAUAACCACGUUAUUAAGUUGUACAGAAUCAAAGGAGGCCUUGCUAUUGGCAAGUAUUUUCUUCUACAAAUAGAUGUAAUAAAUAAAAACAAUUCAAAACUUCUUUCGGGAGAGUUUCCUCCAAUAUUAGACCAAUAAAUCAAAAAUGUGGUAGUAGUAAGUGUUUGCUCUUUGAGUUUAAAUAAAAAAAGAAUAAUUGCCAUAACGUGUCUGUAGAUGCCAUAUUAUUUAAAUUUAGUUUUAGUUAUGAAAAGCCAAUAGUCAUAAGCUUAUUCUCUGCUGCGUAAACUAAAUUAAUGUGUACUUUACCUCAAAAUUUCUGUACGUGCUUAUUUCUUGUACCUAUUGUUUCAAAUUUAAGUUAUAAUUGCAAUUAUGUUAUAUUAUUUUUCCAAUGUAAUGAAUGUUACUUUAAGUACCUAAUUAAGUAUGUUGACUAAGUCACAAGAUAAUUUAUUACCAAUGAAAUGUUUUUAAAAUCUUUUUUUAUAUAUUAGUUUGUAUAGUUGAAUGUAAAAAGUUGAGAUAUAUAUUUUGAGAGAUAGCUACGGACUUAAUCGUGUUUUUAUAUAAUUUAAGAAGUUGCCAGAAGUGUGAUUUACUAACAUCUUUAUUAUUAUUUCCCACACGCCUUAUGAUCGUGACAAUCGAUCCCCGGUUGCCUGUGUGAAAACCUGAACCUAUCCAAAUAUCAAGUCAGAUUUACUCUGCAAUCGUUUCUGUACGCCACAACUAAUGGUCGUAAUAUUGUUAUAAUCCACAUAUACUUUUACAUUCUGUCUCUUCGUGUUAUCGACAGCAAAAUAAUAAAUCUUUCAAGUUUAAUACUUCCGGAACCUACCUUUUUAGUUAUAGAUUUAAUACCUACCUAUUGUAUCGACACUCGAAUACUUGUGAGCGAUAAAUAACAAUGAUAAGUUAUUUGCAUAAAGUCGGAAUAGAAUACUCCAGACUAUCUCUUUUCGAAUCUAAUUUUGGGAAAUAAUUAAAUAACUUUUGAUGUCAUAUCUAUAUUCUUUGAGACAGAAUUGUUUUUUUAAUAAUUUAAUUAUCUCGUAGAUGAGAUUGUCUACUAACUCAGAAACUAAAACUCACAAGGUGCCUUUUCACGUUAAUUGUCUCACAAUGAUGUUGCAGUACCUAAAAUUCCGAAUACAAGUACAUUAGUUGUGGCACCAGAGCACGAGUGCAAACAAACACCUCAGUCACUGUGCCAUACAACAGGCAGAUUUUCCUGCACUCAAAUAAAUUUGCACCAUUGUAGUCGAACUGUAAUAAAGAGGCUCAUAUUUUUAUAAGUACCAAGUACUGUUUAUUUUUCUAGUUUCAUAUAAUCUAAGCUCUCUCAAAAGCUUCUUGUUUGUGCUCUAUAUAUCAUUCGUGCCGUAUAUAAAUUUCCCAUACCUACAAGUUACUUGCGCAAGUAACAUUCAUCAUGUAAACGAGCCAUUAUUUUCAUGGCGACAAGUGGUGCAAAUAAUCUCAUCGAACAGUUUCCACAUUUCAAGUUAAUUGAUAUUAUUACCACAGAUACAAUGUAACUGCAACUUUCACGUUUCAGAAAAAAUAAAU